UUCCAGGGCAAUCACGUGAAUCGUGUAAGUGCUUCGCGAUUUUGAUUACUGUAUUUCUUCACAAAUGACUAUAUAUUUGGCCGUGGAUUCAUCCUUAUCAAUGCGAUUACCUGUUAACGAGAGUGAUGAGAUGUCGAGGCGGAUGGUUGCGUGCCAGUUGGUUUUAAAAACUAUCGAAAAGGUCCAUUCCUUGGAUAUGGAUCGUAAGAUUAAAUUGGUUGAUUUCUCCCACAAUUCAAAAAUUAUACCAUGCGACAUACGGAACAUUGAAGAUGCUGAAAAAAAUUUAAAUCGCAUAGAUGUAUCUGCCUCAGCUGACCUAAUCUCGCUGUUCUUACUGGUAAAGAUGGAGAAUGACGAUGAAACUAGCAUCCUUCUAGUGUUCACGGAUGCAUGCACUUUCACCCCGGAGGAGGUGAACUUGACGCAUCUACCAAACUGCACUGUCAAAUUUGUUUGUGUUUUGGAUGAAGUUUUAACGGACGAUAAUCAGAUUGCUCGAUUGUGGGCUAUUUCGUUGUUGACGGAAGGUUUCAAGGAGGAAUUUGAGUUUGAAGACAGUCGACCCUGGAUGCCGUAUUUCUUGUCCGAUUACGAUACCAUAGACAGUUAUAGUGAUGCUCUCGCGAAAGAUUUAUGUCCCGUACCAACAUUUUUGUUAAAAUGUGGCUUUUUAAAAGCAUAUUUCAAAACGCUACCAUCGGUCAACAACGAUGAUUGGAACACAGUUGUUGAAUUAAUUGGCUUCGUCCCCAUAAAUCAUUUAGCAAAUAUGCCAACCGCUCGACACCAUUUUCUUAUCUCACACUUGGACAGUGAAGACGUUCUAAACUUGAUGUGCUCCGCACUACGCUUAGAAGAAAGCGUAGCCAUCUGUCGCUUGAAUAAAAAUUUAUACGGCGCAUUAUAUCACAUUAGUGCAAAGGAAGAAGAUCCAUCAGUUUCUCGACUUGCAAUUGCAUCAUUCCCACCUGGUCCAAUGCCAGUUUCCUGGUUACCUCGAUUCACCACAUUGUCCUCUCAGAGCGUUGUGGAUGUUGAAAAUGAAGAGCAGCUGUUCUGUAUCAGGAAUGAUGGCCUUUCUAGGCCCUCAUAUUCUUCAAUACAGAGGACCUGUUGGUAUGAGGUUCAUGGAUUGCAAAGUGACAUGCAGAAAAUUGCUCGAUUACUAAAGAAGAUUCCUGAUAGGACGUUCUUAUUUUAUUCGGUAUCAAGGAAUAUCAUUGCAGACGUGGCAUUUUAUUAGAAACACUUCUUUAUUCGUAACUCUCUCGUCAGUGUUUGUUGUUUUCAGGAAUUAAAUAGGAUCCAUUCUUACUGCUGUGCCAUUGGUGCUGAAGAUGUUUUGGAAAAGUUAAUUCAAGUUUUGCAUGAAGAGAGUUCCGCACAAUCACCGCUGAUUGUUAAACAUUCCGUGUACGCGAAUGAAAAACUGAGGAUGUACGGUUUGAAGAAUUCAGCAGAAAUCCAACCCUUGCAGUAAAAGAUAAUGGAAGCACGCUACAUGGUGGUAUAUAUGUUUUUAUUGUUGCAUACAUUAAUAGUGUUUGUCGUUAUGGUUUUCAGAUACUUUUUCUUGUGAACAACUUCAUCUAUUUAUUCCUCUUUCUCUUUAAGAGAUCUUAUUAUACCUAAAAUCAUUGUAUGGAAAAACUAUGCUUUAGAAAACUCCUGUAUUUAUAUCAGUUUUAUUGUUAAUUAAGGCUUGGGUAAUUUUAUCGAGUAUCAAAAUGUAUUGACUAAAUCAUGAACUGUUGAGCGGAUUAAACGAAGUAUCAUUUUCCUUUAUUUGGUGUGCUUUAUAAUGCCCACAGUUUUGUUUUGUAUUUUUAUUCAUUUUGACAGUUUUUGCUGCAUUAUGCUGAAUGAAGUGAUCAAAUUAUGCGGAAUUUUUACUUGAGGUUUGAUUGGCUUUAAUAAAAUAAAUCAACGAAGACAUACGCUGGUUUAU